AUGGCGAAAAGUCCGAGAAAAGUCUCGGCUAACAAGACGUCUUACUCGCAAAAGCUGAAUCCAAAGCUGUACAAGACCCCCAGAUAUGGAGGAAAAGGAGGCAAGUCUUUCCACAACUACAAUUUCCAGGCCAAGCGCAACCGCCGCUUGAGCAUUGCAGAUUCGAUCUCCUCUGAAGGCUCCGAUGAGAUCGCUGGGCUAUCCCGAAAGUAUUCGACGGGAUCUGAGUCUGAGUCUUCUCUUACGGCUAUGUCUGAAGACGAUGAGACGGCUGCCAGCAGAAAGGGCUCCGUUUUCUUUGAUGGUGAGUCUGUAGGACCACUUCGGCUGGCCAAACUGAAGAAAACGAGGCCCCCAACUAGACCCCCAAAACAUGCACGAAAGAAAGUAUCCACCAAGAUGUAUAAGACCCAGGCAUCUGAAUCGUCUGACGACGACGAUGACAACGAUGACGACGAAGUUGAAGAAGAUGAUGACGAUAACAAUGUCGCAGUCAUGGACUAUCUUGUGGAUGACAACGAUGAAGAGGCCGAAGGUCUCGGUGCCAUAUACUCCAUGGUGGACUACAGUAGACGGAGCUCCACCGAUCUGAGUUCUUCACAGGACUCUCCAGACGUAGAUAAUGACUACUCGUCCUCAGACGACUCCGAGGUGGAUUUUGUGCAAUUGCAGGCCGAGCGGAGAGCAAAGUCUAUGAAGUCGCUCAGGGCAAUUAAGGGCUUACCUAAACCACCAGCUCCGAUUGAACAGAACAAACAAGAAAAGCAAGAUAAAGUCGCCAAGCGUCGCAAGAGCUCAACUUACCGUCGGCGGUCGGAAGUGGCACUUCCUGAGGGCAUUAACUUCAAGUUUGAGUUCGAUGAUAGUUCUGCGGUGAUCAACGAAGAAGACGAAGAUGCACUUGAAACUUCCAAACCAAAAUCAGAAGAAGAAGAUCUCGGAGAGGAAGUCGACGCCAAUGGGCAUGAUUACAACUUUGACUUUCAUUUCACAGAACCCACAAUGGACGUUCCAAAGUUCAAGGAUGACGAGUUCAACUCAGAAGAAGAGUACGAGUUUGACGACAACGACUUGCUUGCAACAUUACAGGCGGAUAAUGACAUCGACGAGUUCAUCACUGAUGUGAAACCAGAGGAACCCCGCACCAGACAGGGCUCGUUGAGCUCCAUGAACUCGUUGAACGAGGACGACACGGAGGACCCAUUUCUUCGAGAAGAAGAAAAGUACUUGGUCAACGAAUUUGAGUUCAAUGGUUUUGAUGAUGAGGACGACGAUAUCGUUGCCACCGCCAAAGUCAUGGACUCGUUCAAAGACACCAACUCGCAGAAAAAGCAGGUUCUCCAGUAUGCCAGUUCGAGUGACGACAGUCAGUUUGGCAGCGAUCUCGAAGAUGAAACAAAACAGACUUUCGAUGAAGAUGACGGCAAUGAUUACAUCGACCUCAUCGAUUUUGACACGCCAAUCUACGAUAAAAAGCCCGAGAAGCUGGACGACCAUGCUCCCAUUCAGAGCCAAAGUCAGAAGUCCAAGAAGAAGAAGCAUCUUGCCAAAUCUCACAAGCGUAAGGGUCCAUUGGAUAGCGAAGAUGACGACGAUUCGUACUUGUGGAAUUAUUUCUUCAGUUCCGAUGCAGACUCCGAAAAUGAAUCUGAGCCCGAGACUUACGAUCUUGAGGAGCAAUUCAUGUUGGAGCAGAUCUUCAAACAGGAUUUGAACGCCAAGAACGGCAACCUGAAAGAAUUUUCUCAGGACGGUGCUCGCGAGUCCAGUCUUGAACCGGUUGAAAGUGAUCACGAGUAUGAUUCAGGAGAAUCCACCGACGUGGACUUGUCUCUUCCUUCUUCUUCUGGAAACAACCAAGCCGGUUCCAAGGUUGCCAAAGAGGUGUUAUCGUCAAAAACAGCAGACUAUCGUCCACCAGUGUUGGGCACUUGGGUUGCUGUAGAUUGUAAACCAUUUGGCAUCAUUGACGGACUUUCAACGCGCACGUUGAACCAAACAAAGAAUCCACGUAAGGGAUGGAGGAACUUCAGUAUCAAGCCGGAUUCAGAGGACUCCGCUAUUGAGUUGGAUGAGUUGCUCAACAUCAGUGAGUUGGACAACGAUGACGAGAACGAUAUUCGGAUCUGGCGAGACUUCAACAACAACAAGAAGCAUGUACCUCUUGGAGCGUUCAGAAACAAGCUCCAUAUCAGUCAUCCGGUGGUUGUGCCAGAGCCAAUGGCUGGCUUCAGCACUUCCAAAAUGAACACAGACUUCAACACCAGAAAGAACUCACAGAGUGAAAAUCGGGUCAAGAAACCUGUUCAAAAGGCUGUGCUUCCAACCGCAGUGAAAGAUUCUCCGAUUUCUUCCAAGCAGAGGAGAAGACGUCAGUCAAUUGCCGAUGCUGUCUCAGAAGGUUACCGGCCGACCAAGUCCGGAUUAUUCAGUGAGAAUGUGUUGGCAGACGUUGAAGAGGUCUUGGGCGACGACCGAGAUUUCAUGGCAUUGAUUAAGGGUUUAUAG